GUGACUUAUGAGGACGUGCAUGUGAACUUCACUCGGGAAGAGUGGGCUUUGCUGGAUCCGUCUCAGAAGAAGCUCUACAAAGAUGUCAUGCUGGAGACCUACAGGAACCUCAAUGCUAUAGGCUUUAAUUGGGAAGACCACAAUAUUGAAGAACAUCGUCAGAGUUCUAGAAGACAUGGAAGGCAUGAAAGAAGUCAUACUGGAGGGAAAACCUCUGAAUAUCCUCAAUGCAAAGCCUUUGCAUACCACUGUCAUGCUCAAAGGCAUGAAAGCAUUCAUAUUGAAAAGAAAUCCUAUGAAGUUAUUCAAUAUGUUGAAGCCUUUGCACAUCACAGUAGUCUCCAAAUACAUAAAAGAAUACAAACUAUCCAGAAUCCCUAUUUAUGUAAUCAAUGUGGUAAAGCCUUUGCAAAUCACAGUCAUCUUCAAAGGCAUGAAGUUAUUCAUACUGGAGAGAAACCAUAUGAAUGUAACCAAUGUGGGCAAUCCUUCCCAUAUCACAGGAGUCUUCAAAUGCAUGAAAGAAUUCAUACUGGAGAGAAACCCUACAAAUGUAAUCAAUGUGAUAAAGCCUUUACAAAUCACACUGGACUCCUAAGACAUAAAAGAACACAUAGUGGAGAGAAACCCUAUGAAUGCAACCAAUGUGGUAAAACCUUUUCUCAACACUAUAAUCUCCUAAUGCAUAAAAGAACACAUACUGGAGAAAAACCAUAUGAAUGUAAUGAAUGUGGCAAAGCCUUUUCAUAUCACAGGAGUCUUCAAAUGCAUGAAAGAAUUCAUACUGGAGAGAAACCCUACAAAUGUAAUCAAUGUGAUAAAGCUUUCUCACGACACACUGGUCUCCAACUGCAUAAAAGAACUCAUACUGGAGAGAAACCUUACAGAUGUAAUCAAUGUGAUAAAGCCUUUUCACAACACAGUCAUCUAGGAAUGCAUAAAAGAACACAUACAGGAGAGAAACCCUAUGAAUGUAGUCAAUGUGGUAAAACCUUUGCAUGUCACAGUCGUCUUCAAAGGCAUAAAAGAAUUCAUAAUGUAAAAAAAAAUUCUAUGAAUAUAUUUAAAAAUAUACAUACUGACAAGAAAUUCUCUGAAAAUAAAAAGUGUGGUAAAGCCUUUGCCCAGCACAGAUAUCUCAGGAAUGCAGAAAGGAGCACAUACUGGGGACACCUUAUGAAUGCACUCACAGGUCUAUAUUGUUCAUCCUCUACUGUACGUCACUUGGUGAUGGAUAGAUUUCUGCUGCAAUGA